ACAAGGCCCAGUAGGUGUAGGGUUUAACAAAGCCACCACAGCCUUGUGCUGCCGGAGCAUCUCCGGCUCGAAUCGCUGAAAGCCUGAAACAGCCUUUAGCAUUCUCUCUCUCUCUCUCUCUCUAAUUCCAGCUUUUUGGAAGAUGUGGAGGAGACCACCGUCGCCAUCGGCGACCUUGCAACUUCGACAAUUUCUUCGCGGCUUAUGUUCUUCGGUCAAAGCCCAUGAUCUCUCUCAUUCUCUUCCUCCUUCUCCUGUGCUUGUACAGUCUUCCUUUUCUUCUCUGCAAUACCAUCGCCAUCCAUCAACUCCUCCAUCGCAUCCCUUGUUUCCUUCUUCGAGGGCCUUCUCAUCUCGCCCGCGUUUCCGAGGCAAGGACGUUCAAAACCUAGAACAGAUCGCUCAAUCAAUCUCGGAGGAGCUUCUCAAAGAUGCCAAUGCAGAAUCCAUCUCAUUGAAACAGCGGCUCCAUCUCCACUUCUCUCAUAUUCGUCCAACUCCUGAACUGAUACUUCAGGUCCUCAAUCGAUCCCCCGACGCAGGCCGUUCGGUCCUAGAUUUUCAUCAGUGGGUGUCAUCUCAGCCGGGUUUCAAGCACGACGACGAGACUUUCUCUUACCUCGUGGAUUACUUGGGCCGUAGAAAGGACUUCAAGGCCAUUCACGACGUUCUCGUCGAUGGCCGUGGCGUUACUGGUCGUAAGACUCUGGCUUCGUCGAUUGAUCGCCUCGUUAGAGCAGGGAGAGAUACGCAGGCGGUUGCUUUUUUCGAAAAGAUGGAAAAGGAUUACAAUUUUGUACGUGAUCGCGAGUCGCUUAAAAUGGUUGUAUCUGCUCUCUGUGAGCACGGCUAUGCUGGUAGUGCGGAGAAGAUGGUGAAGAAUCUGGCUCACGAGUUCUUCCCUGAUGAGUCUAUCUGUGAUUUGCUCAUCAAAGGAUGGUGUAGCGAUGGGAAGCUCGAUGAGGCGAGGAGAUUGGCAGGGGAGAUGUAUCGUGGAGGUUUCGAGCUUGGUGUAAUGGCUUACAAUUCGAUUCUUGACUGUGUAUGCAAGCUUUGUAGGCGCAAAGAUCCUUUCAGUCUCCAGUCCGAAGCAGAGAAGAUUCUCAUGGAUAUGGACGUUGCAGGGGUGCCCCGCAAUGUCGAGACUUUCAAUGUUCUUAUCUCCAAUUUGUGCAAGAUCCGUAAGACUGAGGACGCUCUUAAGCUGUUUGAGAGAAUGGGAGAAUGGGGGUGUUACCCUGAUUCUACUACCUUUCUUGUCCUAACGAGAAGUGUUUAUCAGGCUGCCAGAAUAGGCGAGGGGGAUGAGAUGAUUGACCGCAUGAAAUCUGCAGGAUUUGGGGAUGCUCUCGAUAAGAAGGCUUAUUAUGGUUUCCUAAAGAUAUUGUGUGGGAUAGAACGGGUUGAGCAUGCUAUGAAGGUAUUUGCAAGGAUGAAGAAGGAUGGUUGUCAACCUGGGAUCAAGACUUAUGACCUGUUGAUGGAGAAAUUGUGUGCACAUGGUCAGGUGGAUAGAGCGAAUGCUCUCUACAGAGAAGCCACAAAGAGAGGGUUACCUAUGACACCCAAAGUGUAUAAGUUGGACCCAAGAUUUGCUAAGAAGAAGCCUAAGGUCAAGAGGAGUGAGAAGCCCAAGAGGGAGACAUUGCCAGAGAAGAUGGCAAGGAAGAGAAGGCGUCUUAGAAAACUUAGGCUGAGUUUUGUGAAGAAGCCCAAGCGAAUGAUGCGUAGGGCUUUCUGAUUAGAACUAGAUUAUCUGUUUGAGGUGAGAGCCAUACAUGACUGUAGCAGAUGGACCAAGUUGUUUCAGUGGUCCUUCAUUUACUUUUCUGUUUGCACUUCUUGUUGUUUUUCUUUAAUUCUGAUUACAUUGGUAACUUAUAAUUAUUUCAGAUGGAUUCUGUUGCCUCAUAA